CGACAGCAGGCAACAUGAACCAGUUUUAGGGGCUUUGUUAAUUUGGGAUGGCGUGGCUGGUGGAUUAUAUUACGCCGAAUGAAAGAGCAGCCUCCAGUCACUCUGAAAACACACCGCGUCAUGCUCCGUGGGGUUAAGCCUGAACACACAAGCAAGGCCACACUGAAUUAUGAGGUUUUUUGAAGCGAGUUUGGCUUGAACGUCUCUCCGUGCGGAAGCGGGGCGUAUCGCGGCUCUGCACAGUCGGUGAUGUCCACAUCUUAGUCUCAAACCGAAACACACUCCCAUCAUGGACUCCAAGAAGACGGGCAUGCUGAGCCACCUGCGCCAAAAAGCGCGCCCCCUGCUGAGCAACCUGCGCCGGGGCAAGACCAACCACGGCAAGCCGGACGUCCGGCCCGAACACACCCUGGACCACCGGAUGAGCUCGUCCGUCCCGGACAUGAGGACCAUGAGGCAGGACAGCCCCGUCGCCCCUCACCUGCAGCUCCCGCAGUACAGCAGCCCUUCCACCCCGCUCAGCAAGCACUCUGCGGGGCAGGGAGGGGCGGGGAGUGGCCUGGUGAGGAGGGCGGGAGGUGCCGGAGGAGCCGGGAGGAGCCAAGACGGACUGGGCGUGGCCACAGACCUCACAGACUGGGCCUCCUCCCAGGAGUCCUGCAGCAAUCCCUGUGAGGAGGAGGAGGACGACUACAGAUUCGGCGGGGGCAUGGAGCCCCAGGAGCUGGCGCUGCCCGAGCUGAUGACCGUCUACAGCCGAGACGUCCCGGCCCAGGAGCCUCCCCAGGACGGCUCACAGGGCGACAUGGGCAGCGAGGUGCUGAGCUCGGCGGAAGGCUUCAGAGACUCUCCCAGGUCGUUCCUGCUCACCAUCAACCUGAAGGAGGGACGGAACCUGGUGAUCAGGGACCGAUGUGGCACCAGCGACCCGUACGUCAAGUUCAAACUGGAUGGGAAAACCUUCUACAAGAGCAAAGUGGUUUAUAAAAACCUGAACCCGACGUGGAACGAGACGUUCUCCCUGCCGGUGAAGGACCUGGACCAGAGACUCUACAUCAAGGUUUAUGACCGCGACCUGACCACCGACGACUUCAUGGGCUCGGCCUCCGUCCUGCUGAGCGAGCUGGAGGUCGACAGGACCAGCGAGCUGUCUCUGCCUCUGGACGACCCCAACAGCCUGGAGGAGGACAUGGGCGUCGUCCUGCUGGACAUGACCCUGUCGCGCCGGGACGGAAACAGCAAGAGAGUCUACCGCUGGCCCCGAAAACGAAGCACUAGGUCCUCAGGCUCUCCUCAGAGCCGGCGUCUGUCCGAGGCGUUGAGGAAGAGUCAGCUGUGGAGCUCGGUGGUGACGGUGACGCUGGUGGAGGCUCAGGAGCUGCAGCUGGAGGCGGCGGCCGCUCAGCUCCUCGUUCGCUUCAGGCUGGGAGAGCAGAGAUACAGCAGCAAGGCGCAGUGUAAGGCGUCCAACCCGCAGUGGAGGGAGCGCUUCACCUUCAACCAGUUCCUGGACGGCCCCGACAUCCUGGAGGUGGAGCUGUGGGCCAAGGAGGGCCGGCGGAGCGAGGACUGCCUGGACACGUGUGAGGUGGACCUAUCCCGGGUGCCUCUCAAUCAGAGCCAGCUCUUCACACACACUCUGGAGCCGGGCCGCGGGCGGCUGGUCUUCCUGGUUGCACGGAGCGCGUGCAGCGGCGUGUCCAUCUGCGACCUCUGCGCCGCUCCUCUGGCCGAAGCUCAGGAGCGGCAGAACCAGCUGGAGCGAUACAGUUUGAGAAGGUCCAUGAAGAACCUGCAAGACGUUGGUUUCCUCCAGGUCAAGGUUCUCAAGGCCACAGAUCUGCUGGCGGCUGAUCUGAACGGAAAGAGCGACCCGUUCUGCGUGUUGGAGCUGGGGAACGACCGCCUGCAGACCCACACCGUCUACAAGAGCCUCUAUCCAGAGUGGAACAAAGUCUUCACCUUCCCCGUCAGAGACAUCCACGAGGUCCUGGUCGUCUCCAUCUUUGAUGAGGACGGAGACAAGCCGCCCGACUUCCUGGGAAGAGUCGCCAUUCCUCUGCUGUCGAUCCACAACGGCCAGCAGAUCUCCUUCCCACUGAAAAAAGAGGAUUUGGGCGCUCGCUCGAAGGGGAGCAUCUCUCUGGAGCUGGAGGUUAUUUUUAACCCCGUCAGAGCGAGUUUGAGAACCUUCCAGCCCAGAGAGAAAAGAUUCAUGGAGGAUAAUACAAAGUUCUCCAAAAAGAUCCUGGCGAGGAACGUGCUGCGUGUGCAGACGCUGUACCGGGCGAUCAUGUCGACGCUGCACUACAUCAAGAGCUGCUUCCAGUGGGAGAGCGUGCAGCGCAGCCUGCUGGCCUUCCUGGUGUUUGUGCUCACCGUGUGGUUCUGGCAGUUCUACAUGCUGCCUCUCUUCCUGGUGCUGCUGCUCUCCUGGAACUACCUGCAGCUCUCCUCCGGCCGGCUCUCACAGGACCUGGACAACAUGGACCUGGAGGAUGAAGAUGAAGAUGAUGACAAGGAGUCGGAGCGCAGAGGCCUGAUGGAGAAGAUCCACAUGGUGCAGGAGACCAUCCUCACGGUGCAGAACCUGCUGGAGCAGAUCGCCUGCUUCGGAGAGAGGAUCAAGAACACCUUCAACUGGUCGGUGCCGUUCCUGUCCACCCUGGCCUUCCUGGUCUUCGUCACGGCAACCGCCAUCACGUACUUUAUCCCCAUACGCUACAUCAUCUUAAUAUGGGGUAUCAAUAAAUUCACCAAGAAAUUACGGAAGCCGUACGCCGUCGACAACAAUGAAGUGCUUGAUUUCCUGACGCGGGUGCCUUCAGAUGUGGAGAAGGUUCAGUACAGUGAGAUCAGAGUCGGCAGCUCUCCGAGGAGGAAGAAGCUUUCGUAGGACAGGACACACCGGACCCGACGCUGCUGACGUGGGCCGCCCGGCCGGGAACCCGGGGCCUCCAGAGGAUGAAGAACCUUCUGGAGUCCUGCAUGGACUCUGAAAUCUGUUUUGGGAAGCGGUCGCUUUGAAUCCACAUGAACUGAUGGAGCAAAACUACUAAAGACGACCUCUGAUACCAAAGCAGUGUUUUUACUCUACCACAUUUUGCAAUGGGUUUCACUGGUGUCUGUGUGUGUGUGUGUGUGUGUGUGUGUGUGUGUGUGUGUGUUUCAUGAGAGCAGGUUGUAAUCACGUAUAUAUGUGUAGAUGUAUUCCUUCACGUUAUUAAUCACAAGCUGCUUACCAGAUUUUCCACCUCUGACCCUGGGAGUGUGUCCUUUAGCUCAGCGUCUGAAAAUGAGACCAGGACUUUAGAUUUUACUGCACGGACAGGAAGUCUGAAAUGUACAGUUCUGUAUUCUAUGUUUUAUUUUCUUUGCCGUGUCAGACGUGAAGGGUUUUAUUCCAAAACGAGAUCGGGGGAAAAAAGCAUCUGCUCUUCCAGAAUCAGUGCUGGGAUGCCAGCCUGCAAAAUAAUUUUGUUUGUGAGGGGAGACAUAUCUGCGAUUUGAAAUAUUAACAGAUGGGUUUCGUGUUUUUUUUUUUUUUUUUUUUUUAACACAAUGGACGUGUUAUGUUUUGGAAUGAAACCUUUCAUACGUUUUCCGUAUCCAAAGUCCAGCAGGAUUAUCGAUCAUCUUCCACCAUUUCUCGAAUUGGUUCAUCCAUUAUAUAGCGUCUGAUUGAUUUUACUUUAUCCACUCGAUGAUACAGACUUAUUUUUUUAUGAGCAAAGAUCAGUGCCUAUUUUUAAAUCUUAGAUGUAGAGUGAUCCUGCAGGAACGUUGCACUGUGUUUUCCCUUUUGCUCGCCAGUGGGACGGGGCCAGAUCUUUUAUCCUUCCACGCCUGACUUUAUUUAUUAAUGACAAUCACUGGAGAGGAUCCUGUGUCUGCUUUGGUUUCCAGUGGCAAUAAACAGAGCGGAUCCCAGCCUGCAGCCUGCCUCUGCCUGUGUGCCUCGCCUCUCCUUUCCCUGCACAGCGUCUCCGUCCUGCGAUAGCACUUUUCCCAACCCUGCUCUUCAUUAGGCUUUCAUGAAGUGAGGCUGCGAGUUGCCUCCCCACCCCCUCAUCCCCGGCCCCCCUGCUGCGUUGAUGGCCCUUGGGCGUCGCCGCGAGCAGCGGGACCCGGGCGACCUCCUCUCAGCUGCCGUGACGAGACGCCUGCAGCCGACGUCCCAUCAGCCAGGCGAGGCGGCGGUAUCACACGGCACGCUGCUCGCCGCGGCGGGAGGAGGGUGUCCAGGCCGGCCACAGGCAACAAGCGCAUUAAUUUCAGGAGUGGAGAGUGAGGAUCGUUAAGAUGCCGGCGUUCAGGAGUAAUCCCCUGGGAUUUGUGGCUGUUAAAUCAGAGCUGGUAGGCUCUGUCAGCAGCCUCUUAAUUGAGAAAAGGGUGGAGAAAUACAACAAGAACCCACAAAGACAGUACUUUUACUUUCUUAUAAUAUCACUUCCUACAUGAGCACCUGAUAAUCAUCAACUGGUGAUCAUUUUCAAUGUUGAUUCGUCUUCUGUUUAUUCUUUUGACUUAUCAGUUAAUUUAAUGUAUAAAGUCAAAAAUAAAGACAAAGUCUGAUGGGAAAUGA